AGCUGGGUUUCAGCCUGGGUUGCCCACGACAGCGAAAGCGACUGGCAGGUGGCGGUAGGGUGACUUCUUCAGCUUAAGUGCUUAGCGGGCAGGCGAAGGGGCGGAGCAAGAGAAGAAAACACAAAGGACCGGGAGGAAGCCGGGGAGACCGGUGGGGGCCGCGGGCCGCGGUGCAGUCGCUGGGGAGCGAGGCCUGCUGGGCUCAGCAACGGGGGACGAGGUCUCGGAGGCGUCCCGGCCCUCACAGACACUGGGUCAAGGAGAAAGCAGAGGAUAAUCAACUGGAAGGAGAGCAAGCACUAAGUCAUCAUGGCUUCAACGUCUACUCGUGGAAACCAAGAUAAAGAUCACCAUUUGCCACCACCAAGCAAGCAGAGCCUGUUGUUUUGUCCAAAAUCAAAACUGCACAUCCACAGAGCAGAGAUCUCAAAGAUUAUGCGAGAGUGUCAGGAAGAAAGUUUCUGGAAGAGAGCUCUGCCUUUUUCUCUUGUAAGCAUGCUUGUCACCCAGGGACUAGUCUACCAAGGUUAUUUGGCAGCUAAUCCUAGAUUUGGAUCAUUGCCCAAAGUUGCCCUUGCUGGUCUCUUGGGAUUUGGCCUUGGAAAGGUGUCAUACAUAGGAGCAUGCCAGAGUAAAUUCCAUUUUUUUGAAGAUCAACUUCGUGGGGCUGGCUUUGGUCCACAGCAUAACAGGCACUGCCUGCUUACCUGUGAGGAAUGCAAAAUAAAACAUGGAUUAACUGAGAAGGGAGACUCUCAGCCUUCAGCUUCCUAAACUCUGUGUCUCUGACUUUCAAAGUUUUUUAAACCUCUGAAUUUGUACACAUUUAAAAUUUCAAGUGUACUUUAAAAUAAAAUACUUCUAAUGGAACAAAAA